GAUCAAGGGCCCGCUCCAGAACCGGGAUGUGUCCGGCCCCGAGGGCGCGGCAGGCAGCGAGACCCUGAAUCAGUGGUCCAGUCCUGGCUGUCUCGGGCUCCUCGGACCCGAGCCUGCAGCGGACCCCGGGUGGCACGCGCCAACGCAUGCGGCAGCGCAGUUAGGGAGAUGCUGCAGGAUAAGGGCCUAUCGGAGAGCGAGGAGGCCUUCCGGGCCUCGGGCUCCGCGCUCGGCGAGGCCAGCGCAGCCAACGCCGCCAGCGUCCCCGAGCCCGCGCUGGCCGCGCCAGGCCUCGGCGGAGCCCCGCUCGGCAGCCCCCCGGGCACUGGCGCCGACGUCGCCACCGCUGCCGCCGCUGAGCAGACCAUCGAGAACAUCAAGGUGGGCCUGCAUGAGAAGGAGCUCUGGAAGAAGUUCCACGAGGCGGGCACCGAGAUGAUCAUCACCAAGGCGGGCAGGAGGAUGUUCCCCAGCUACAAGGUCAAAGUCACAGGCAUGAAUCCCAAGACCAAGUAUAUCCUGCUGAUCGACAUUGUCCCCGCGGAUGACCACCGCUACAAAUUCUGUGACAACAAAUGGAUGGUGGCAGGGAAGGCCGAGCCAGCCAUGCCAGGAAGGCUCUACGUCCACCCAGAUUCUCCUGCCACUGGGGCCCACUGGAUGCGGCAGCUGGUCUCCUUCCAGAAGCUGAAGCUGACGAACAACCACCUGGACCCCUUCGGCCAUAUCAUCCUCAACUCCAUGCACAAGUACCAGCCGCGGCUCCACAUCGUGAAGGCAGAUGAGAACAAUGCUUUUGGUUCCAAAAACACAGCCUUCUGCACCCACGUGUUCCCAGAGACUUCCUUCAUCUCCGUGACCUCCUACCAGAACCACAAGAUCACGCAGCUGAAAAUUGAGAACAACCCUUUCGCCAAGGGAUUCCGGGGCAGUGAUGACAGCGACCUGCGUGUGGCCCGGCUGCAGAGCAAAGAAUAUCCUGUGAUCUCCAAAAGCAUCAUGCGGCAGAGGCUCGUCUCCACGCAGCUCUCGUCCAAGCCUGACGUCAGCCCCCUGCACGGGGCUCACCAGGCGCUCCAGCACUACCAGUACGAGAACGGGGCUCACAUGCAGUUCGCCGCGGCUGAGCCACAGGACCUUCCCCUCAACACCUUUCCCGCCCAGAGGGACUCCAGCCUCUUCUAUCACUGCCUGAAAAGACGAGCAGACAGUGCCCGCCACCUGGACUUACCCUGCAAGCGAUCCUAUCUGGAAGCCCCCUCCACGGUGGCGGAGGAUCAUUAUUUCCGCUCGCCCCCUCCCUACGACCAACAGAUGCUGAGCCCCUCCUACUGCAGCGAGGUGACCCCCCGCGACGCCUGCAUGUACUCGGGUUCAGGGCCCGAGAUCGCCGGGGUGUCCGGGGUGGACGACUUGCCCCCGCCCCCGCUGAGCUGUAACAUGUGGACGUCCGUGUCGCCGUACACAAGCUACGGCGUUCAGACCAUGGAGACUGUGCCUUACCAGUCCUUCCCCACGCACUUCACCGCCACCACUAUGAUGCCCCGGCUGCCCACCAUCUCGGCGCAGAGCUCGCAGCCGCCGGGGAACGCGCACUUCAGCGUCUACAAUCAGCUCUCCCAGUCUCAGGUCCGAGAGCGGGGGCCCAGCGCCUCCUUCCCGAGGGAGAGGGGCCUCCCCGCCGCCGUGUGCGAGAGGAAGCCGCCCUCGCCGCACCUGAAUGCUGCCAACGAGUUCCUCUACUCGCAGAGCUUCUCCCUGUCCCGGGAAGCCUCCCUACAGUACCAUUCAGGCAUGGGGACUGUGGAGAACUGGACCGACGGAUGACUCCCAGGUCCCCUCCCCCAGCCCCAGGACCGAGUUAACCCGGUUUUCACCUCUGCGUGUGGCCUGCGCAGCGAGAAACACGUGGUGGGCUGCGCGCGCAGGCGCAUUUGGCGAGCACCCCUCUUCCGACCGACCUGCGAUGAAGGCUGUGACAAAGGAGAAAACACACUUAACAAGAAGUGCUUUGGGCUGCAGGAUCUGGAUCCAUUGUAAUUGACAUCUCUUGACAUGCCCAGGGGUAGGAUGGGAGUGGCGAGUUCCAGUGAGUU